ACGGGUGCCACCAUGGGGGUGAGGUGGCCACCCUGCUCCCACCCACUGGUGGGGGCCUGCGCCCUCCUCUGCCUGGCCACAGCUGCCCUCCUGGGGUGCGUCUUGCUGCAUGGCGUCCCCGUGGUUUUGCAGGAGCUGUGCGGCCCCGCCCGGGGACCGGAGGUGACCCCCGGAGCUCAGCAGCUCCGAGCGGGCAGGCCGGGGCCCCCGCCCACCCAGGAGCGCCCUGGCCAGCGCUGGGCAGCACCCCCACAGUGCAGCGUGUCCCCAAACGACCGCUUCGACUGCGCCCCGGACAAGGCCAUCACGCAGCAGGAGUGCGAGGCCCGCGGCUGCUGCUUCGCCCCCACGCAGCGGCGCCCCCAGGAGCCCCUGAAGGGGCAGCCCUGGUGCUUCUUCCCGCCCAGCUACCCCAGCUACCGGCUGAAGGACCUGAGACCCUCAGACACGGGCUACACCGCCACGCUGGCCCGGGCCACGCCCACCUUCCUUCCGAGGGACAUCCCGGUCCUCCAGCUGGACGUGCGGAUGGAGACCGACAGCCGCCUGCGCGUCACGAUCAAAGACCCCGCUAGCAAGCGCUACGAGGUGCCGCUGGAGACGCCCUGUGUCCGCAGCCGGGCGCCGGCCCCGCUCUACAGCGUGGAGUUCUGGGAAGAGCCCUUUGGGGUGAUUGUGCGCAGGCAGCCCGAUGGCCGGGUGCUGCUGAAUACAACCGUGGCUCCCCUGAUCUUUGCCGACCAGUUCCUGCAGCUGUCCACCUCGCUGGCCUCCCGCUACGUCACGGGCCUUGGCGAGCACCUCGGCCCGCUGAUGCUCAGCACCGACUGGAGCCGGGUCACCCUCUGGAACCGGGACCUGGCGCCCACGCCUGGAGCCAACCUCUACGGCUCUCACCCUUUCUACAUGGUGCUGGAGGACGGCGGCUCUGCGCAUGGCGUCUUCCUGCUGAACAGCAACGCCAUGGACGUGGUCCUGCAGCCCAGCCCUGCCCUCACCUGGAGGUCAAUAGGUGGGAUCCUGGACGUGUAUGUCUUCCUUGGCCCGGAGCCCAAGAGUGUGGUGCAGCAGUACCUGGAUAUUGUGGGCCUCCCGUUCAUGCCUCCGUACUGGAGCCUGGGCUUCCACCUCUGCCGCUGGGGCUACUCCUCCACCGCCACCGUCCGCCAGGUGGUGGAGAACAUGACCCAGGCCCGCUUCCCCCUGGACGUGCAGUGGAAUGACCUGGACUACAUGGAUGCCCGCAGGGACUUCACCUUCAACAAGGAAGGCUUCGCAGACUUCCCGGACAUGGUCGCGGCGCUCCACCGGGGCGGCCGGCGCUACGUGAUGAUCGUGGAUCCUGCCAUCAGCAGCGGGGGCCCCGCCGGGAGCUACAGGCCCUAUGACGAGGGGCUGCGGAGAGGAGUCUUCAUCACCAACGCCACCAGGCAGCCCCUGAUCGGGAAGGUGUGGCCUGGCCCCACCGCCUUCCCCGACUUUACCAACCCCGAGACCCUGGACUGGUGGCAGGACAUGGUGGCCGAGUUCCACGCCCAGGUGCCCUUCGAUGGCAUGUGGAUCGACAUGAAUGAACCGUCCAACUUUGUGAGGGGCUCUGAGCACGGCUGCCCCGACAACAGUCUGGAAAACCCGCCCUAUGUGCCCGGGGUGGUGGGCGGGAGCCUGCAGGCGGCCACCAUCUGCGCCUCCAGCUCCCAGUUCCUCUCCACGCACUACAACCUCCACAACCUGUACGGCCUGAGCGAGGCCAUCGCCUCCAGCAGGGCCCUGGAGAAGGUUCGAGGCACGCGGCCCUUCGUGAUCUCGCGCUCGACGUUCUCGGGCCACGGCCGCUACGCGGGGCACUGGACGGGGGACGUGUGGAGCAGCUGGGAGCAGCUGUCGGCCUCGGUGCCAGCAAUCCUGCAGUUUAACCUGUUGGGGGUGCCCCUGGUGGGCGCGGACAUCUGCGGCUUUCUGGGCAACACCUCGGAGGAGCUGUGCGUGCGCUGGACCCAGCUGGGCGCCUUCUACCCGUUCAUGCGGAACCACAACGACCUGCGCAGCCUGCCCCAGGAGCCGUACCGGUUCAGCCCGCCCGCCCAGGCGGCCAUGAGGAAGGCCCUGGCCCUGCGCUAUGCCCUGCUGCCCCACCUCUACACGCUGCUGCACCGUGCGCACGUCCGUGGGGACACCGUGGCCCGGCCUCUCUUCCUGGAGUUCCCCACAGACCCUCGCACGUGGCCGGUGGACCGCCAGCUCCUGUGGGGGGAGGCGCUCCUCGUCACGCCGGUGCUGGAGCCUGGGAAGGACAAGGUCACGGGCUACUUCCCCUCGGGCACGUGGUAUGACCUGCACACGGUGCCCAUAGACGUCUUCGGCAGCCCCCCACCUCCGCUCCCGAUGCUCAGAGGGCCUGUCAUCCACAGCGAGGGGCAGUGGGUGGCGCUGCCCGCCCCGCUGGACACCAUCCACGUGCACCUGCGCGCGGGGUACAUCGUGCCUUUACAGGGCACGGCCCUCACCACCACGGAGUCCCGCAAGCAGCCCCUGGCCCUGGCCGUGGCCCUGACGGCAGGUGGAGAGGCCCGCGGGGGGCUGUUCUGGGACGAUGGGGAGAGCCUGGGGGUGCUGGAGCGGGGGGCCUACACGGAGGUCACCUUCUCGGCCAAGAACAACACGGUCGUGAGCCAGCUGGUGCGUGUGAGCAGCGAGGGCGCAAGCCUGCGGCUGAGGAAGCUGACGGUGCUGGGGGUGGCCGCAGCCCCCCACCAGGUCCUCUCCAAUGGCGUCCCCGUCUCCAACUUCACCUACGACCCCAGCAGCCAGCUCCUGGACAUCCCCGUCUCGCUGUCCGUGGGAGAGCAGUUUCGUGUCAGCUGGGCCUAGCAGAUGGUGCCGUGUCGUGGAGGGGCAGCGGCCUGGGGGUCCCAGCGUGGUGUGCUGUGACGGCGACCCCAUGGACAGCGCCUGGGGGCGGACCCCGGUCUGAUGCACUGCCGGUGCCUCGGCGGCAGCUACCUCUUGCUCUCACCUAGCAGCGUCCACUGUUCGCAGCCAUCUCCUCCUGGCACCGGCGGAGGCGGUGGUGCCCCGGACGGACCUCUACCCGCCAGAGGCCCAGCGAAGGUGACACUGCACUUGCAGGACUCAGGAAUCUUACUGUGAAGUGUGCAUUUUUAAUAAAAGGACCAUAUGGGCUGAGCACUCGUGGCUCA